CGCGACCGAGCGUCAUGCCGCCGCGGGGGAUGUCCGCGGAGGACAAACGGAAGACGGUAUUGUCCUUGUUCCACGAGAGCGGCGAGCCGUGGCUCCUCAAAGACAUGGAGAAGGCCGCGGCGAAGCGCGGCGUCGUGUUCCAGGCCGUGAAAGACGUCGUGCAAUCGCUCGUGGACGACAGCGUCGUGCACGUCGACAAGAUCGGGACGUCGAACAUCUACUGGGCGUUCCCGGGCGAGGCGUCCGCGGCGCUGAGCAAUAAGCUCAAAUCCCUGGAGUGCGAGCUCGCGAAGACGGCGAGCGAGAGCGUGGACUUGGACGAGCGGCUCGAGAAAGCGGCGGAGGACCACCCGGUCAGCGAGGAGAGGACGAUGGCGGAGGUGAUGCUGUCGUCGGCGUCGGACGCGAACAAAACCUUGAAGGCGGAGCUCGCGCGGUUUCAAAGCGGCGACGACGCCGUCUUAGACGCGAUGAAAACCGGGACGCCGAUCGCGAAGGAGGCGGUCGAGCGGUGGACGGACAACGUCUUCAUGCUGAAGAGCUUCGUGGAGAAGAAGAUGGGCGACAGAGCCGGGUGCGAGCAGUUCUUCAAGCAGACCGGGGACAUCAACUUCAACAACUUCGACUACGUCGAGUGAGAACGGCCCUGACGACGACGACGACGACGGUCGGCGAGACGCGAGCGGAGGACAGACGACGCCGGGAGGGACCGCGGCGGGGGACAACGACGACGACGACGACGACGACGACGCGGCGACGAACGCGACGAACGACGACGAGAAAAAUUCAGCGAGCUUGUAGUGUGAU